AUGACCACCACGAUCGAGCCUCUCCGGCCGAUUAUUCACAGGCAAAUUUCCUUGAAUUAUUCUACUCCGAAUUCGAGAUAUGUAUGUAAUCACAGAUUUUUAUGUAACAGCCGGAGAAACGGCGCGGUGAAUCAGAAUUUACGGCGUCUCGUACCCAGUUCGCCGCCGUUUCGACCUCAAUUUAGGGUUCCUUACGAAUUUUAUCCGCACACUCUGUCGGGAGGUUUCGUGAAGCAUAAACAAUUGGGAGAAAUUGUUAAAGUUCGGGCCAAUGGUUCCUGUGAGCACGACAAGGAAUCUGCUGAUAACAGCGAGCCGAAACCGACCGAGACGAGGAAUAAGAAUAGCUCGGUUCCUGGGUCGGGUACUGGAACUGGUUCUUCCCGGAGGGAGGGACAGGGAAAGGGGAAUUGGUGGUGGUCAAAGGGGAAUAACAAGUGGCGGUGGCAACCGAUUAUUCAAGCUCAGGAAAUUGGAGUUUUGUUGUUGCAAUUAGGGAUAGUGAUGUUUGUUAUGAGACUGCUGCGGCCGGGGAUUACUUUACCGGGGUCGGAGCCUAGAGCUCCGACGACCAUUGUGAGUGUGCCCUACAGUGAAUUUCUGAGUAAGAUUAAUAACAAUCAGGUGGAGAAGGUGGAGGUUGAUGGAGUUCACAUAAUGUUCAAGUUGAAGGGUAUUGAGUCUGGAACUAAGGAGGCUGAAGUGAAUAGUAAGCUACAAGAAUCAGAAUCAUUACUUCGCAGUGUGAGCCCUACGAAGAGGAUUGUUUAUACAACAACUAGGCCAACCGAUAUCAAGACUCCUUAUGAGAAAAUGCUUGAGAAUGAUGUGCAGUUUGGGUCUCCAGAUAAGAGGUCUGGGGGGUUCAUGAAUACUGCAUUGAUUGCAAUGUUCUAUGUUGCUCUGCUUGCAGGUCUUCUUCACCGAUUCCCUGUUACUUUUUCCCAGCACACAGCUGGUCAGAUAAGAAACCGCAAGUCGAGGGGCUCUGGUGGUGCAAAAGCUUCUGAACAAGGGGAAUCUAUAACUUUUGCAGAUGUUGCUGGUGUCGACGAGGCUAAGGAAGAGCUAGAAGAGAUUGUGGAGUUUUUGAAGAACCCUGAGAGGUACAUAAGACUCGGUGCACGUCCUCCUCGAGGUGUUCUCCUGGUAGGGCUUCCUGGGACUGGUAAGACACUGUUAGCAAAGGCUGUUGCUGGGGAAGCUGAGGUUCCCUUCAUAAGUUGUUCUGCCAGUGAGUUCGUAGAAUUAUAUGUUGGCAUGGGAGCAUCUCGUGUCCGGGACCUCUUUGCUCGAGCAAAGAAAGAGGCUCCGUCAAUAAUUUUUAUAGACGAGAUUGAUGCUGUUGCAAAAAGUCGGGAUGGUAGAUUCCGCAUUGUCAGCAAUGAUGAGAGAGAACAAACUUUGAACCAGUUGCUCACUGAAAUGGACGGAUUUGACAGUAACUCUGCAGUGAUAGUUUUAGGUGCAACCAACCGGGCAGAUGUCUUGGACCCAGCACUUAGGAGGCCAGGAAGGUUUGAUCGGGUGGUUAUGGUUGAAGCACCUGAUAGAACUGGAAGAGAAGCCAUUUUGAAAGUCCAUAUUGCUAAGAAAGAACUUCCUCUAGCAGAGGAUAUCGAUGUUAGUGAUAUUGCUGCUAUGACUACUGGCUUCACAGGGGCAGAUCUUGCAAACCUAGUAAAUGAAGCAGCUCUGUUGGCUGGAAGAGAAACAAAAUUGGUUGUGGAGAAGAUAGAUUUUAUUCAUGCUGUAGAGAGGUCAAUAGCGGGCAUAGAGAAGAAGACAGUGAAAUUACAGGGUAGUGAAAAAGCUGUAGUUGCUCGACACGAAGCUGGCCAUGCAGUUGUAGGAACUGCUGUGGCAAAUCUUCUUCCUGGACAACCCCGGGUGGAGAAGCUGAGCAUUUUGCCAAGAUCGGGAGGGGCUUUAGGAUUCACAUACAUUCCUCCCACUACUGAAGACAGAUACUUGCUCUUUGUCGACGAGUUACGUGGACGUUUGGUUACUCUUCUUGGUGGACGUGCAGCUGAGGAGGUUAUAUAUUCAGGACGUGUAUCAACAGGUGCCCUUGAUGAUAUUCGGCGUGCAACUGACAUGGCGUACAAGGCAGUUGCUGAAUAUGGUCUAAAUGAGACCGUAGGUCCUCUUUCAUUGGCCACUCUUUCAGGUGGAGGGAUGGAUGACUCUGGCGGGUCCAUGGGUUGGGGAAGGGAUCAGGGGCAUCUGGUUGAGCUGGUCCAAAGAGAGGUGAAAACACUGCUACAAUCUGCUCUUGAAGUAGCGCUCUCGGUUGUGCGUGCCAACCCCGAAGUUCUAGAGGGACUUGGGGCCCAAUUGGAAGGGAAGGAAAAAGUGGAAGGUGAAGAGCUGCAGAAAUGGUUAAAAUUAGUUGUUGCCCCAGCAGAACUCACCUACUUUGUUAGAGGCAAGCAAGGGUCGCUUCUUCCCCUUCAAUCUGAGACACUAUGA